AUGAACAAUUUCUCACACGUACCUCCUGGAUUUCGCUUUCAUCCCACUGAUGAAGAACUUGUUGAUCACUACCUUAGGAAAAAGAUAGCUUCAAAAAGAAUUGAUCUUGAUAUCAUUAAAGAUGUUGAUCUCUAUAAAAUUGAGCCAUGGGAUCUACAAGAGUUAUGCAAAAUAGGAAGUGAUGAACAAACUGAAUGGUUUUUCUUUAGUCAUAAAGACAAGAAAUAUCCAACUAGUAGUCGUACAAAUAGAGCUACAAAAGCAGGAUUCUGGAAAGCUACUGGAAGAGACAAAGCAAUAUAUUCUAACAAUAUUUGUCUGAUUGGAAUGAGAAAGACUCUAGUUUUCUAUAAAGGAAGAGCCCCUAAUGGACAGAAAUCUGAUUGGAUCAUGCAUGAAUAUCGCUUAGAAACUAACGAAAAUGGAACUACACCUCAGGAAGAAGGAUGGGCUGUGUGUAAAGUGUUCAAGAAAAGAAUAGCUACAACAAUGAGGAGAAUGGAUGAGUCACCAUGUGGAUAUGAUGAUCAAGUAUCAUUCAUGCAAGAGCUUGAAACACCAAACCGAGUAUUUUCUUCUCAUUCUUAUGCAUCUUACCAACAACAUCAACAACAACAUCAGCAACACUAUCCUUGCAAACAGGAGUUGAAUCAAUUGCAAUACAAUAUAUCCAUCAAUGAUGCUAACAAUUUCCUCCAACUUCCACCACUAGAAAGCCCUAAAAUUCCUAAUUUGCAGUGCUCAUCAUCAUCACAUUCAAUAACUCAUCAAGAACAACAAUACUAUAGCCAGCACCAGCAACAAAGUAUGCAAAUGCUUUAUGGUGGUAGCAAUGAUUUACAAGCAGUAGUGGAGCAAUCAAAGGAUUGGAGAGUAUUUGACAAACAUGUUGCUUCUCAGCCAAGUCAUGAUCAAGGAGCAUCCAAGGAAACAUUAACUAGUUAUUGCAAUAUUGUGGCCGAACAAAUUGCUUUGCUAGCAAACGAAUCUAAAAAAUCUGAAACUCAUGAGCAGGAAUAUGCUACUUCAACUUCCAACUCCAGUUGCCAGAUUGAUACAUGGAAGUGA